AUGACCGUCAUCUCUGUGGCAGCUGACCGCAAAAGCGUGUUUCCAUCACUCUGCCAAAUCCUGAAGGCUCUUUGCUGCAGCUCGGUGUGCCGGGGGCCGAUACAGACUACUGUCACUACAGCAUUUGGGACUUUGCAGAUCAUGGUUGGCCUGUUCAACAUCGGACUCGGCCCUGGACGAACAAGCACAAAUCCCGGAGAUCUGACCAGUUUGGGAGCUGCUUAUUGGCUGGGCUCUGUGUUCAUACUAGUUGGAAUCAUGUCCAUUUCAGCCGGACAGUCCCCGUCUCCCUGCUUGAUGGGCUUCACCGUAUUCAUGAACAUUUCCGGAGCUAUCUUUGCCAUUACGGCCAUCGUGCUGUAUGCCAUCAACGUGGCAAAUUCCUCUCUCCUGUGGAUGUGUGAGCGCAGCACUAAAAAUGCUGAUCAUUACGGUGACGGCUGCAUAAAUGUGGCACUCUUUGCCCAGAGACUGUUGACAUCCAUGGACGUCACGAUGAUCGCCAUGGCGGUUCUUCAGCUCGGUGUCUGUAUUAGGUACACCAUUCUGGGCAUCAGGUUCUUGACCAGUGAGAUGACGAAGGAAGAGGUUGAUGUUGAAGUCAUCCCGCCCAGUCCUGACGCUUAAAAUCAAUUCAACAAAACACAUGGAGCCAUGACUAUGAGUCACUGUUAUAUUUUUGCUUUUACACACACUCAAUGAAAGUAAUCAAAACAUUCAUGUCUUGUUUCUUUUCACUUUCUAUUUUUUAAGUAAACUUGCUUAAAUAAAAACAUGUAAAAUGGUGAAACUGCCCAAAAAGACAUUGAGUUUGUCACUGUUUUUAACUCAAAGAAAUAGUUUGGGGGGGUUUUGGAGUGUGGUUACAUAAGGCACUUAUCCGUAGUCAGUGUUUUACACACAGUAGAUGACAGUGGGCACGUCCUCAGUUUGGAGAAGCAGUCUGGAGUACAUACACUGCUACAUGUUUAACUUCUGAGUAUUUUGUAAUUUUUGCUGAGCAAAAACAAAAAGCAACAAGAUAUAAUUUGUGACAAAAUUAAGCCACGGUGCAAUUAAACUGUAAAACUAGGCAGUAAUGAUCAAAAAUAAACCAAGAUUUGUUAUUGCAUUGCCCAUUUCUCACUUGAAAUAUCUUUAGAAACAUUUUUCUUGCACUGUUUGGCUGUACCACAAGAGUUUGUGCAAUAAUAUUUUGUGCUGUUGACUUUAGAAAGGUAUUGAAAGUAGCAUACAAAAGAGUACUUGAAGAGUUUUGAUGAAUGUUAUUUUAACAUGACUUCAUAUAGUAAAAUAGCAAACAAACCAUAAAACCACCCAUAAAAGCCUUCAAAGUCACAACAAAACAAAAAACUAAAACAAAACAAUAAAUUGCACAUAAUCCAAACUGCACAUGCAACAUAUUGCACAUACAUUGCACAUAACACAUAUAAGUAUUGGACUAUCGCUGCAGCCUUAAGCAGCGUUGUUUAAAGCUUGAUAGGACCAAAUAACUUUAAGUACAAACACACAUAUAGUAGAUUAAUGCUAUUACAGGUAAACUGACAGGAUGUUCACAGAAGGUGAAUUGACACUAAAUUAAUCACUUUAUUUAAUUUUCACUUGGCUGGAAAACCCAUUUCAAAAAACAGGAAUAUAAUCAUCAUUUCACACUUCCCUUUAUACGUACCGUUUCUGUUGCUACAUAAAAAAGUUUUUUAAACUGAGUCAUUCAGUUACACCCAACGGUUUAAAAGUACAGAGCAGAAAUACAAAUACCAAAA